AUGUUACCAGAAAGUGCGGGAGGAUAUUUAUCGUAUUGGAUGUUAUUUGUAUCAAUUUUGGCAUUAUUUAAUACAAUCCAAAAUUUUGUUACACUUUCUUUAACAAAAAGAAUUUAUUCUGCAAGACCUGAUCAAGUUACAGCAUUAUCAUCAAGAACAUUUGCGAUAUGGACAUUAUUAUCAGCCAUUAUAAGGAUAUAUGCGGCAUAUAAUAUAACCGAAGUAAAUAUUUAUCAAAUUGCAAUUUGGACAUAUGUAAUUGCAUGGUUACAUUUUAUUUCUGAAUUUUUUAUUUUUAGAAGUGCAAAAAUUAGUGCAGGAUGGUUAUCUCCUGUUAUAGUUUCAACUUUUUCCUUAAUUUGGAUGUUAUCUCAAUAUGAUUAUUAUACUCAGCAAAAUAUUAGAAAAUAUUAA